GGAUCCAUGCUGUGCUGACCCCUGUGGACUGCCUUGCCUUUGGAGGGAACUUCUUGCAUAGCCUUAACAUCGAAAUGCAGCUCAAAGCUUAUGAGAUUGAGAAGCGGCUGAGCACAGCAGACCUCUUCAAGUUUCCCAACUUUGAGACUAUCUGUUGGUAUGUGGGAAAGCACAUCCUGGACAUCUUUCGAGGUUUGCGAGAGAACAGGAGACACCCUGCCUCCUACCUGGUCCAUGGUGGCAAAGCUUUGAAUUUGGCUUUUAGAGCCUGGACGAGGAAAGAAGCUCUGCCAGACCAUGAGGAUGAGAUCCCGGACACAGUGCGGACUGUACAGCUCAUUAAGGAUCUGGCCAGGGAGAUCCGCCUGGUGGAAGACAUCUUCCAACAGAACGUUGGGAAGACGAGCAAUAUCUUUGGGCUGCAGAGGAUCUUCCCAGCUGGCUCCAUUCCCUUAACCAGGCCAGCCCAUUCCACUUCAGUGUCCAUGUCCAGGCUGUCACUGCCCUCCAAAAGUGGUUCAAAGAAGAAAGCCCUGAAGCCCAAGGAACUCUUCAAGAAGGCAGAGCGAAAGGGCAAGGAGAGUUCAGCCUUGGGGUCUGCUGGUCAGUUGAGCUAUAAUCUCAUGGAAACAUACAAUCAUCAGGCACUGAAGACAGGCUCUUCCCAGAAAGCAAAGUUCAACAUCACUGGUACCUGCUUGAAUGACUCAGAUGAUGACUCACCAGAUGUGGACCUUGAUGGGAAUGAGAGCCCCUUGGCCCUAUUGAUGUCUAAUGGCAGUACCAAGAGAGUGAAGAACUUAUCCAAGUCUCGGCGAGCCAAGAUCACAAAGAAGGCAGACAAGGCUAGGCUGGUAGCAGAACAGGUGAUGGAAGACGACUUUGACUUGGAUUCAGAUGAGGAGCUGCAGAUUGACGAAAGAUUGGGAAAGGAGAAAGCAACCCUGAUAAUAAGACCAAAAUUUCCCCGGAAAUUGCCCCGUGCAAAGCCUUGCUCUGAUCCAAACCGAGUUCGUGAACCAGGAGAAGUUGAAUUUGACAUUGAGGAAGACUAUACAACAGAUGAGGACAUGGUGGAAGGGGUUGAAGGCAAGCUUGGCAAUGGGAGUGGAGCUGGUGGAAUUCUUGAUCUGCUCAAGGCCAGCAGGCAGGUGGGGGGACCUGACUAUGCCGCCCUCACCGAGGCCCCGGCCUCUCCCAGCACUCAGGAGGCCAUCCAGGGGAUGCUGUGCAUGGCCAACCUGCAGUCGUCAUCAUCAUCGCCGGCUACCUCCAGCCUGCAGGCUUGGUGGACCGGGGGGCAGGACCGAAGCAGUGGGAGCUCCAGCAGUGGACUGGGCACAGUGUCUAACAGUCCUGCUUCCCAGCGCACCCCAGGGAAGCGGCCUAUCAAGCGGCCAGCAUACUGGAGAACUGAGAGCGAGGAUGAGGAGGAGAACGCCAGUCUGGAUGAACAGGACAGCUUGGGAGCAUGCUUCAAGGACGCAGAGUACAUCUAUCCAUCCCUGGAGUCUGAUGAUGAUGACCCCGCUUUGAAAUCUCGACCCAAGAAAAAGAAGAAUUCAGAUGAUGCUCCAUGGAGCCCUAAAGCCCGUGUGACCCCAACUUUACCGAAGCAGGACCGUCCUGUGCGUGAGGGGACCCGGGUAGCUUCCAUUGAGACAGGCUUGGCUGCAGCUGCUGCAAAGCUGGCCCAGCAGGAGAUGCAGAAGGCCCAAAAGAAGAAAUACAUCAAGAAGAAGCCUUUGCUGAAGGAGAUAGAACAGCCUCGUCCUCAAGACUCCAAUCUCAGUGUGACAAUACCAGCCCCAACUCCACCUGCUACACCACAGCUUCUCACCUCCUCCUCACCCCUGCCUCCUCCUGAGCCUAAACAAGAGGCCCUAUCAGGAAGUCUUGCUGACCAUGAGUAUACUGCUCGUCCCAAUGCCUUUGGCAUGGCCCAGGCAAACCGCAGCACCACACCCAUGGCUCCCGGCGUCUUCUUGACCCAGCGGCGCCCUUCAGUUGGCUCUCAGAGCAGUCAGGCAGGACAAGGAAAGCGUCCCAAAAAGGGCCUGGCCACAGCAAAGCAGAGACUCGGCCGUAUCCUGAAAAUACACAGAAACGGCAAACUUCUUCUGUGAUCCCUCUUGUGUCCCAACCUUCAUCCCUUCACCCCCAUUGCCUUCUCCAUUGUCAAUUAUCGGGGCACUCCUGGAUCCUAUCUGCCCCGGACAGGGUGCUGAGGCCCAUUGUCCUGCUUCCUUGGGACUUACCAAAGGCAAGGACUCCCCCAAAGGACCCUCCACUGACUCCCCCAGCUCCCUCCCCCACUUUCACUAGAGCAUCCUGCCUUCCUUCUCCAUACCUCUGGGUAGCAGGUAAAUAAGAAGUUUCCAGCUGACUAGAAUUCUCUUUUUUAUUUCUCCAGCCCAUUUCCUUUUCACCUGCCAUAUCUGUCCUUUACUCUUGUCCCCUCCUAGACCUGGAAGGCAGGAUGAGGAGAGGCAUGAAGAGAGCCUGAGCCCAUCGCUUUUUUUCUGGCAUGAAGUGGGAGGCCCAGUGCUCAACACUUUCUGCAACUUUAGUCCUGUCUCCAGAAGCCUACCCACCUAUGCCCAUUCUUCUUUCCCCUUCUUUCCUCCCAGUUCAGUGGACGUGCCCCACGUCCAGACUUGUUCCUGGGAGAAGGCUGUGGUCUCUGCCCCCUCUUGGCAAAUGGUUCAUGGAAAUAAAGAGGAGGGCCUAGAGUCUCCUCACUGCCCCACUGUGGGCUAUUUCCAGAGGUGGCCUAGAAAUGCUGACUUUACUUAUUCUUUGGAAGAAAGGAAAUUCCUGUCACUUUUCAAGGUGAGGAGAGGACAGAUGCCCAAGCCUUUGACCAUGACUUUGCAGCCCAGCCCAUUGGAGGAAGUUACUUUUGGCUGGCUACACAUGAAGCCCCUUGUUUCAGGGUGAGCUCCAGGGAUUUGCCUGGAUUUUGAGGUCCUGUAGAACAUUAUUCACGUGGCUGUGGCUGGGUCCCAGCAGGUGAAAAACCUCCCAGAAACCUGAAAGUACCUGCCACUGAAUCAGCUAACCCUGGCCCAACAGUCUGCCGCCUAUACCGCAGAGCACAGCAUGGACCUUCUGGAGAGGGUGUGGCCGGAUAGCCCACCCCUGGGUCCUCCAUCAGGAACUUCCAUGCUUCUUUCUUCACCUGAGGUCUUGGUCUGAAGAAGACUUCAGAAUUCACAUCUUCACUCCUUGGCCUUUGCACUUCCAGACGACAGGUCACCGAUGAAGCAGAGUGCAGAUGGGCCACUCACAAGCCAGAGCUGAGGAGAAGAGAAGAGGUGUUCAUCUGUGAAGGAGCAGACCAUUCGAUCCUCCCUUCCCCUUGCUUUUCUUUGUGGAUUGUCUCCAUUGUCCAGACAGUGCCCCCACCUCCUAUCUGUUUUGCCUCACUGGCAAUCUGGACUUGAUGGAGAACACCCCUCCUCCAUUUGGCACUGCCCAAGUGGAUGUAUCCUUACCCUGUUACCACCCACUCCAACCUCACCCCAGGUUGCCCAGUGCUUCUGGGGAAUUUAACAGCUACCAUGCAGGCCACAGGGAAUUUGAGGCUUCCUUUGUCGUCUUUGUGUCCCCAGUUUGUCUUUCUUUUCUCAAUAGUCCCACCUCUACUCUUAUUCCUUGGAAUCAGGGGUUCCUUUAGCCCAUUUGCUUUUUCUACCUUGGGGACCCCAGGGGCCAAGCAGUUCUCCAUCUAGUCACACCAAAGGCAAAAAGCCUGGCUACCUCCCCCCUAGCAUGUGAGGUCCCUAUUCCCCUCCCCUCUUUCUACCCAGCUUUGCUUAUUUGGGGGAUUUCAAGGCAACAGAGGAUAAUGAAGGGGGGCAGGAGAGGCCUCUGUCCCUGUGUAGGCAAUUGCCUGACUAGGCAUUGACUGCUGUAACCAAGACUAGGUCCCCAGCCCUUUUGUCCCCUCUUGAUCUUUCAAAGGCAGCUAAUUGCUAGCAGACCCCUCUGAUUCCGACUUCUUUCCCUUCUUUUUUUUUUUUGGUUGUUAGAAGUUUCUGUGGCGCUGAAACCCAGCCUCCAUUCGACUGGGUUUCAUUUAGUUUAGUUGGGUUCUUGGAACCUCUUGUUUGUUGUUUUGUGUUGUUUCCAAUGAAAAGCAAGUUUACCCUCAGAGUUAUGCUUUUCCAAAGAGGCUAAUUUUUGUUUUUGUUUUUUUAAUGUUUCAGGUUCUAAGUGAAGUGAGUUGGGGAGGGGUUGGAAGUGGUAGUAACCAAGGUUUAGAACAUGGUGAGAUAGUUACCUCUGAUCUCCAAUCCCUAGCAGAUAGCUGGGGAUUGGAUAGGGGGCAGAGAAAGAGGAUUUCUAUUCACCUUUAAUAUAUUUUUACAAAAAAAGCAAACAAUUUAAAAACAAGCCCACCGCUUCUGUACAUGUCUAAAUAUAUUUUUAGAAGUGGGUAGGAUUGUGAAUUUCUGAUGCAGGGCCUUUUUAUAAAUAGGUUAGAGUAGCAUCAUCCAGAUUUCUCUGUUGUUUUUUUCUCCUGUUUUUUUCUUAUGUUGUGUUACUAAUGUAAUUUAUAUUUUUUUUAGAUCCUCCCUUUCCUAUAGAGAUAAAAGUGAUUUAUCUUGGCAA